ACAUCACAAGCAAUGAGGGGUUCAGGUUGCUUUCGUACUUCGCGCGCUCCCCCUCCACGUGGCCUCAGUGUCCACGUCAGCAGAGGUAGAUCAGCACCCUGGACAGCGGAGCCCGGUCAGUGAAAAGCCGCCGGAGCUUCUCCUGCAGCUGCUGGGAGCUUCAUCCACCAAAGCUGGAUGGAUGAGCGGACGAACAACGGCUUGUUGACACGCUGGCAGUCGUGUUUUUUUCCUUGUCUUUUUUCCCCCUCUCCCUCCGUUCCGGAAGUAAACGCUUCGUUCAAUCUCCAAUCCGACCAUUUCGAGGAGGAAAAUCAGAGGCAGCAGUCUCAUCGCCACCACGCAUCUGAUCCAAUAAUCAAUGCCGUGUUUGCUGUUUGAUUUCUGCCUGAAAUGAAGACAUAUCCGCGUCUUCCUCUCCAGCUGCCUUCACCGUCCUCUUCUCCUGGACAUUUCAGCUGUCCGAGCUCUGAUUUGCAGUGAAAUGCUGGUGGACAUCGAGAGAAGAAGGGAUUCACGGAGCCGUCGGGUUUUUUUCUCUGUCCGUGUUAUCUGCGAAGCUUCUAUACAUGAAGACGAUGGUGUUUUUGGUGUCGACGUGGAUUAUGGAGAUGGAUGGCACCAAUUUUGCCUGGAUCAGCCAGAAGCUUUUCAACAAGGAGCUAAUGUAAAGAAGGAGAAGGGAAAAAAUGGACCAUGAUCUGACGCUCGGGAUGAUACACUGAGGGACAAUAAAAUAAUAAGACAAUAAUCCAACUUUCAUCUCAUGUUUUGACUUUCAUUUUUCCUUUUUGGAUUAUGAUUCUUGACAAGAAUCCUAGAUGUGAGUGUGUGGAUGGCAUGUUGGAUUUUACAUCCCACUCUCUGUUUCCUGCCUCUCUUCCACACGUCCACUCUCUCUCUGUCUUCUGCUUUGGGUAGCAAAACAUGUAGGUUAUUUUCUGCUGCAAGCUCAGAGCAUCUGAAGAAAGAAAGAAAGGAAAAAACAGGCUGUAUUUGAGAGCAGCGUCGGAGAAAAUGGAGCAAAAAUGGACCAAACACCGUUUGGGUUGUGAUGUGUACUGAGGUGGAAGCUGCAUGACAGCGUUGCUGACUUGUUUGAGUAAUGAAUAUUGAAAGAGUGUCGGCCAAGAGAAAGGGAAAAUCUUUCAUCCGCAUUGUGUUAGACACACAUGCCAUCAGUGAACCUUUAAUAUCUGAGUCCGGCUCAGACUCAGAGAGACGCUCCAGCACCAUGAGAGGUCUGGGGAUGGGCGGCUGCGGAUGGCCGCCGUUCGUCGACUGCCAUACCCGGGAUGAUGAGGAGGAGUACUACGGCAGCGACCCGCGGCCCCGGAGCCUGGCGUUUGAGGACAAGGAGCCCAAGCUGCAGGUGGGCCUGGACGCAGUGUCCCUGACCAGCACAGCCAGCAGCCUGCGGACCCCCCAGUGCCGAAUCUGUUUUCAAGGCCCCGAGCAGGGGGAGCUGCUGAGUCCCUGCCGCUGUGACGGCUCUGUGCGCUGCACCCAUCAGCCCUGCCUCAUCCGCUGGAUAAGCGAGAGAGGAUCCUGGAGCUGUGAGCUCUGCUACUUCAAGUACCAGGUCCUGGCCAUCAGCACCAAGAACCCACUUCAGUGGCAGGCCAUAUCUCUGACAGUGAUAGAGAAGGUGCAGAUUGCAGCCAUAAUUCUGGGUUCCCUAUUCCUCAUCGCCAGCAUCUCCUGGCUCAUCUGGUCCUCCCUCAGUCCCUCGGCCAAGUGGCAGCGUCAGGACCUGCUCUUCCAAAUUUGCUAUGGCAUGUAUGGCUUCAUGGAUAUCGUCUGCAUAGGCCUCAUCAUCCAUGAAGGUUCAUCUGUGUAUCGAAUAUUUAAACGAUGGCAGGCUGUCAAUCAGCAGUGGAAAGUGCUGAACUAUGAGAAAUCAAAAGACUUGGGCGACCCCGUGAGUUCGAGCAGUAAGACCAGCGCCCGCGGCUCUCGCAGCAACCCUCACGGUCUAGCUAGCAGCAGCAGCGGCCGACAUAGCAGGAGGCUAAGGACUAUCCUUAACCACCACUGUGGUUACACUAUCCUGCACAUCCUGAGUCAGCUAAGGCCCAACGACCCACGGAUCAGCACUGCUGCCAACCGGGAGGUGGUGAUGAGGGUCACCACUGUAUGACUUGGGCCCGCCAUGUUUGACAGGGUAGACAUUAUUUCUGUGUCGGAUGUAAAUGAUUGGAGGGACUGAAGGAGGUAAUGCUGAAUACUACAGACUCAUGCAGGCAACAGGAGCCCUGUGAGGCCCCUAUUAGGAGCCGCAUGAUGCCUGGAGCAUCAACAGAACACACAUGAGGAUUUCUCCUCUUUUUUCAUACAACAAAAGGAAACCAGAUGCUCCUUUUCAAUAAUUAAAUAACUGAUGAAAAAGAGCUGACCAAGCAUAAAGACAUUAAAUAUGAAAUGUAAGGGGGGGUGGGGGUGGGGGGGAUUGUAGACUGGCUUUAUAACCUGAUAUAAGACAACAAGAUGUUUCUACCAGUUCAAUAACAAAGUGAUUUUUCUUUUUAAUUCUCCUGGUUUGAUUUUUUUUUUCUCUCUCUCUUUUAUCUUUGUUAUUUAUUUGGUUGUUAUUUUUGUUAUUGUUCUUUUUUUCUACUCACUUUAAUUUUGUAUGGAUGUAUCAUUUCAGUGAAAACCAUGUAGCUCCAUACAUGCCAAACAUUUCCAGAUAACUGUACGAUGAUCUUUGGAUUUUUACAAACCAAUCGAUGCAGGUAAAAAGACCGAAAACUGAGACAAAGCUAACAUGAAGGGAACAUAAAGGGUGUCAACACAACAAUAAAUCUUUACAAGUAAAAAAUAAAGAAGUUAAAAUCUGUUAUGUUUCAGUUACAUGUAACUUUUUUGCAAUAAAGAUAUGUAUGUACAUUUCACAGGGAAUUUUGCAUGGGUAUAUAAUUUUAUUCUUCAUCACAUUAACAUAAGCACAUAACAAAUUUGCUCUAUUUCGAAAGGUGCUUGCCAAAAUAAACACUUUAAAACA